GACAUGAGGGAUGAUCAGCAAGCUAUUAGUUUGGAGCAGGUUAUGUUGCCCAUAAUGCAACAAUUCAGGGAGAUCGAAACAUGUAUUGAGUGCUCUGCGUACAAACUAAUUCAGAUCUUAUGCCAUUAUCUCCAACAACCUGAAGCCGACGACUACUUGCAGGUUUCUGAAGUUUUCUACUACGGACAAAAGACUGUUCUGCACCCAACUGCUCCACUGUUUGAUCAGGAAGCUCAAACUUUAAGACCAAGAUGUGUGAGAGCUUUGAAACGAAUUUUCAUUCUUUGCGACCAUGAUAGGGAUGGAGCCCUUAACGAUUUUGGAUAACUUUCAGGUUUUAUAUUUUGGAAAAAUUUAAAACAUUACUUCAACAAUUGCUCUCUUUUUACGAAAAACACUCCAGCUGCCCUUACUUGCACAAUCUUAUUUUACAAUUAAUAUGUAGAUGGAUUUUUAAAUUGAUGACUUGAAAAAAAAUCUCUUCUUUUAGUUUUCAUAAAAAACUUAUUUACUUAUUCCUCCAACUCAAAUAUCAAUUACGUGUCUCCCAAUUAGGUCUUGUUCUUUUCGGUUGGAAUUCUAAAGUUGGAUCUUUGAAAAGUUGGAAGAUGUUCAAAAAAACUAGAAAAAGUUAGAAAGUGUUGGAAAAAAUAAAUGUUAAAAGAUUGUGCAAGUGAGGUGGUUUGUGGAGUGGUUGUAUAAAAAGAGAGCAAUUGUGGGAGUAAUGGUGUAAUUAAUUGAUUUUCGGAGUAUUAUUGUACAAUCAAAGAUUUUUUGAAGUAUUGUUGUAAAUUAUUCCUUAUAUUUUAGCCCUUUUCUAUGUAUGCUGGCUUUCUUGCUUUAUACUCCGUAAUAGAUAAUGAGUUGGAGCUCAUGAAUUCUGCUUUUGUUGGGUGAUUCUUUUGGUGGGGAAAAUUGCAUAGGUCAAAUGUUUCAAUGCUCCAUUGCAACCUUCAGAAAUAAUGGGGGUUAAGAAAGUGGUGCAAGAUCAAAUGCCCGAAGGAGUCAACAGUCGUGGCCUUACGUUGACAGGUUUUCUCUU